AUGGCUUCAUCGCGGGACUCACAGUACGGCGCUCGACCUCAACGCUCGUGGAAUCCACUUGAUCGAUCCCACGAUGCGGAGUACCGUUAUCAUUCUGCCUCAGACAGCUCUUGGUCUGCAGAUGCUCUAGGAGAUGUAGGCUUGGGCAUCUCGAAUGCUACGGGAGAUGCUAUCCCGGCCGCAGAUCAACGUGAAUCAGCCGACAGCACCAGGACUACAACUCCCCACGAUACUCAUAAGACGUCCCCGCCGUCUCCACACGGCUACCUGGGGUGCCCUAACCGCGCGACGGUUCUCCAGAAACGACUCUCCUGGGUUCCAAUGACCGUGUUGGUUCUUGCGGUCUAUUCCACUUUAUUUUCAGGCAUUUACCUCGGCCUCGCAUUGCGCGAGCCUCGCUGGGCAGAGAUUUCUAGCGACGGACCAUUGGCACCCGCGACUGCAACUUUGCUGAGCGCAUUCUUUGCCAAAACGAUCGAGUUGGCCUAUGUCACUGUUUGCGUGGCAUUUCUAGGGCAGGUGCUAAGUCGAAGAGCUCUGAUGAAGAAUUCACGAGGAAUCAGUAUCUCGGAUAUGAAUAUGAGGGCCUGGAUCAUGCAGCCAGGAUCGAUGAUCGUACAUUGGGAGGCGCUGCGGUACUCAGCGUUAAGUUUUCUCGGAGCGCUAGCAUUGGUCGCUACGUUUGUGGCAAUGCUCUACACCACUGCAGCGCAAGCUUUGGUUGCUCCGAAGCUUUCUAUGGGUCCCCUUGAGUCAAGGGUUCUCGAGGGCAAGGUCACCAGUAGCUAUGCAAAUAACCACUACCUCGGAUCAGUGUGCGAGACACCCGUCACCAAUGAAAUCGAUGUUGACAGUCGCAACAGUACAUGUCUCCAAAUUGACCACGUCGGUCACGCAUAUCACAACUACCAACAAUGGAUAGCCGAAUGGAGUCGUCGAGUGAGAACCGAUAACGACACGUCAAGUGAGCAGAAAAAGCGACCAACACCAUCGGCCUCAAUCUGGGACAAUACCACCGUGACAGGCAGCUGGAUCGAUAUUCAAGAUAUGUCCAUGCUUUCCAAGAAAUAUGGCCGAAUGAUCAACAACAUAACAAUGGCAAUGCCCCACGGUGGCAUCCCCGCCGCAGCAAUGAACGAUAGAAACAAAAUAAAACAACCCGUCAACUCCUCCGGCGAGGGUAAAUACAAUCUCGAAGCCUCUGUCUCCUCGCCGGCAGUCAAUGUUCUGUGCGUGGGAAUGACCGAAGAGGAACUUAGCCCCCUGGUUUACGCCACUUGGCCGCAGGGCGGCAAAUUCAACAUGACGACCUGGAAUAGUCGCACACCAAUCGACGCAUCCACGUCAAACCGCACAGUUGUUGACGAAAUCUUCCAGUUCGGCAAGGGAAGGGAAAUUCCCCCAGUCUUCGGCAAGUUUCCACAAGCAUAUAACACACUCCUCAACACGACCGGGGCUUGGCCUGCAAACGCUAUUUACCUUCUUGGAGCCACGGCAACACCAAAAGACAACAACACACACAUGCCACCCUAUAUAAUGUGCGCCCUUCGCGGGAAACAGACCGGCCAGUGUUCGACCAAGUACUCCGCAGACUCGAGCGGGGCGGUCCUCAGCACGAACUGCGCGAAUCCGUUGAAUCGGCUGCAGUACGACAGGCAACAACGUGGUUUUGUUGAGGGGUACUGGAAUCCGGACUGGAGAGAUUUUGCGUCGGAGUGGGCGAAUUCGCUUAGUCUAAACGCGGGAAUUUCAGAUGGCGCGGCAAGCAAUGCUCGCCUGCUCAUGCAGAUGAUGCCGCGAUAUAACGCAGGAAAGCAAAUAUUCGAGCUAGAUCCAGCUCUUCCGUCAAUUGGAGAAGCAUUGGCUGUCAUGGCUGGCAGCACGCUUCUUCUUGGCUCGCAGUACGCACCGUUCGUGCCGUUCUGGAACUAUACUCAAGACGGAACCCCGCUUGAAGAGCCUGCGUAUCAAAUCUUCAAUGCUACAAUCCAGGCUAUGGGGUAUUCAUCCAGUGGCACGGAGAAAUGGCAGGGGGUAUUCUUCGUGGUCCUGGUCUUUGCGUUCUUGACCAGUGCUGUCUGUCUUGGAUUUAUGAUUGUCGAAGCGCGUGGUCGGCAGGUGACUGAUUUCACCGAGCCGCAAAACCUGUUCGCACUUGCGAUGAACAGUCCACAAACGACGCAGUUGCAAGGUUCUUGUGGCUGUGGGCCUUGGAAAGAGCAGCUCAAAGAGAGGUGGUUCAUUGGCAUGGAAGAGGAUGAUGAGCAUUAUUACAUUCGGAGUAAGACGGAGGAGAGCACCCCCCUCUUACGGAACAUGAACUCAACGCGUUUGGAGCCAAUGGAUAUGGACAAUGAGGAUGGGAGGAUGCUCAGUCCGAUGGUUGAUGAGUUCCGAAAGGUUUCCAAGCGACAUUCGCUUUUGGCAAAGCUCUAUUGA